AUGGCAUCUACAUCUCGAGAGCUUAGUAACAACCAAAAACGCCUUCAUCUGAUGAGGCAUGCACAUGAACUUCACAAUUCCAAGGAAGAGACUAAUCCUCAACUCUCACCUCUGGGUUCGCAGCAGGUUCGUGAUGAACGGAAAAAUCUUUCUGCAAGUGGAGUGCUGCAAAGUAUUGAACUUGUCGUCACUUCCCCUCUGAGAAGGACAUUGCAGACUUCAGUAGGUGUUUUUGUUGGUAGUGAAGAACAUGGAGAUAAUUGCAAUAACCCACUCAUCAUAGCAACUGAACUUUGUCGUGUACGCAUGAUUGAAAGUGAAUAUGACAUUUCGUGGGAGGCUGAAGAACGUGAAACCGAUGAAGCUGUUGCUGCUAGGGGAGUCGAGUUUAUUAAAUGGUUGUUGGCACGGAAAGAAAAGGAGAUAGCAGUGGUCAGCCAUGGAGGUUUUUUGAAGCAAACUCUACUUGCAAUUGGACAUAAGUGUGACCCCUUAGUAACAUGUGAUAAUUUCACCCCACGUUUACCUGUGGAGCAUGUGGUCUUUUCUAACUCUGGGACUGACUCUUCCAACGGACCUCGUACCUGCCAGUCACGAGGGAGGGGGGUCCUCUUUUCAGACAUAGCUCGGAACCUCGUCCCUGCGAGGUUCACGCGAGCUCCCUCUUGCAACCUUGUCUGUGCGAGGCUUACACAAGCUCCUCGCACGAGCUAUCUCUAUGAACAUCUUGCAUUCUUGUGA